CACACUUACACACAUUUCCGCACUCCGAGUGUACAUACAUACAUAUUCGCUACCCGGGCCAAUAUUCUCGCUGAUGUCGCGUCAGACGACGAGCCAGAUCAUCGCAAAGGGCGAAUAUCUGCAACCUGACUUUGAUCCAUACACACUGACGAUACCUCACCUCAUUGGUAUCUUCGCAUACCACGGAAUUAACUACCCGCCAAAACAUAACAAGGCGGAUCUCGUUGAUAUUUUCAAUAAGGAUAUUAGGAGCAAUAUUAUCAAGUUGACGAAGCAGAGGCUUGAAAGGCAGGAGACGCUUGCGAGCGAGGAUGGGAUUUUGGACGGUGUAACUGGACGACCGAUCGCUGCCCCGGCACAGCCGGUUCGGCGGUCGUCGCGUCGUCCGAGUCGUGAACCGUCUGCGGAGCCAGAUCGAGCUGAACCCCCGAAACGCCGACGUGCGUCCGCAGAACCGACUGUUGGACGUGGACGGAGAGCCGCUACCAAGAAAGUGGAAAUAAUCUCCGAGGAAAGUGAAGAGGACGAACCUCAGCCCAAGCUUGAAGAACCUCCGGCAAAGGUAGGAAGAACAAAGGAUUCUGAUGCUGCGGGUCCCUCGCGUCGCAUUUCCCAGAAGUUUGGUCCUGGGACAGAUGACAGUAACUGGGAGGAUAACAACAUCUUCCAAUCUGGAGCCGAAUCUUCAUCACCCGUCCGACCACCGAGAAAGAAAGUACCACGGAAAUCAAACUUACGCAGGCGAACUUCUUUUUCUGCACCGCCAGAGACACCAUCGUCCCCAUCGAAACCUGUCUCCCCUCCGCAUUUCGAUUUCUCUCCAGAUUUGUCUUCUUUUGACAUAAAGCCGCAACGUUCACGCCUGUCUAUGGUAAAGCCUGAACCCUUGCAAGAUGACUAUUACGGCGAUGUUUCGGGACUUGCGGAUGUCAGCGCUCAGCUUGUGGUUGAGGGGGAUGACGAAGAUGAUGAACAAGAACACUUUUUACCUCACGAUGAAGACGGAGAACUCGAGGCCGACGAUGGAGAGAACGAAGACCCACAGACGGUUGCAGUUGCGCAACGAAUCGCAGAUGGCGGAGCCCUUACCCACCGGCGACCAAUCAAGUCAGGUCAACCUUCGCCAUUAUGGCAGAAGAUACUUUUCACUCUUCUUGUCCUUUCUCUUUCCAGCUUGUCCGCACGUUAUAAGCUGGAGUCGGCUCCUAUUGGAUUCUGUGACACCGGCCUAUCGACCAAUAAUGCGGUUUUAGACAUCCGAAAGAAACGCGAGGAGAUCGAGUCAUGUUACGCUGAACAUUCAGAGGAUGGGAGACAAGCUGGCUGUCCCCCGCUCCCUUUGAUUCCAUUACCUGGCCCUGAAACGUGUACUCCAUGCCCUACACAUGCGUCUUGCACGCGCUUCUCUGUUCGUUGCGAUGACGGAUAUAUUUUGAGUCCGCAUCCACUGUCACGGAUUCCUUAUUUAUCCGAGUUGGCAAAUGGAUUACCUGGAUUGGGACCAAUAGCUUUCCCUCCGCGGUGUGUCGACGAUGAACUUCGGAAGAAGCAUAUAGGAAGACUUGGGAAGAUGAUUGACUCGACCCUUGCCGAGACUAAAGGAAAGAGAAUAUGUGCCGGCAUUGAUGCUAAGAAGCCCCUCGAUGGCGGAGAGGCGAGGAAGUGGGGGUAUGGCUUUGAAGAUCUGAAGCAAUCUAUAUACAAACGGGAGCAGACCAAGGAGGACAGUAAAUCUCGCAGCCAGUUUGAUGCGAUGUAUCAAGAAGCUAUCGAGCAGCUUAAAAAAUACGGCCGGAUAAUACUUGAGAAAGAUUCAAGCGGGACGUUGUAUAUAGCGUCUGACCAUGCCGAUAUGACAUGGAGUUGCCAAGCCAUUGUUGCUGCACGGCAUUCGUGGGCUGAAUGGCGCAAGAGCGUGUUCGGUACCAUUGGCCUGUUUUUGUUGGGACUUUACGGUAAAUCAAAACUUGCGACACGUCGCGAGGAGAAGCAGCGUGUAGCGGAACUAGUUCAAAUUGCAUUGGAAGAACUGCGCAACCAAGAAAUGCGACACUACACGGAUCCAGUGACAACGCCGCAUGCAUAUCUCUCCUCCGUCCAGCUUCGUGAUCUAAUUCUGCAAGACGAACACCAUCCUCAGACACGGCGCCGAUUGUGGGACCCUGUGGAACGUAUCAUAGAAGGAAACGCAAAUGUCCGUGUGAGCCUGGAAGAACUGCGUGGCGGGGAGGAAGGAAGGGUCUGGACCUGGGUCGGGAAUAGUGGCCUAGCGUCUCCCUCAAAGAAGAGGGUCUCCUCGCCAUUUCAAUCACCUCUACAUGAAUAGGUUGGGGCUGGCCCGUUCUUCUAAUGUUCGCGGGAGGAAUCUGUUUAUAGAUGAUCUAUCAUGACAUAUUUACGCUUCUCCAACGGUUCGGAAUCAGUUUGUAUCAUGAGAUACAUGGGGAGGUAUAAUUUAUGUCCUCCAAUAUCCUUAGCUUUGAAAUGGUUUUUGCUUUCAUUUAAC